AUGGAGAUACAACACGCGCCGAAGAAAACUCCGACAGAAAAUUGGACGGCUCGUCAGAUUCCAUGGAACCGCAUACACUUGGACUUCGCGGGACCAUUCGAAGGUCAGUUGUUUUUGGUGAUGGUCGACGCCUACACAAAAUGGGUAGAGGUGAGAAGAGUUCCCUCGAGACACUCACGACUAGUCAUCAAGGAACUACGACAAGUCUUCGCGACAUUUGGGGUUCCGGACACUAUCGUAUCAGAUAACGAUGCGGCAUUCUCGUCGUUAGAAAUCCAAGAGUUUUAUAAAAGAAACGGAAUGAAAAGCUUAUUCAUAGCUCCGUAUAAUCCACAGGCGAACGGCCAAGCAGAAAGGACAGUUCAAUCGGCAAGAAAUUCACUUAGAAAGCUGAAAGAUGGUGACUGGGAGACCAGGCUAUCGAUAUUUUUGUUGAAACAACACUCCACGCCGGUAACGACGACGGGCAAAACACCCGCUGAACUAAUGUUUGGCCGAAAUCUGCAAACACUCCUUAACAAAAUAAAACCUGGAAAUCAAGAAGAAGAAAAUGAAUUACCUAGAAAAUCUAGGAACAUUCGGAGUCUGGAACUUGGAAUGAGAGUCCGCAUGAGAAAUUACCGUGCGGCAGGUCCAAAAUGGGUAAUAGCUACUAUUAUAAAGAAACUUGGGAAAAGAAAUUGUGAAGUAAAAGAAGAAAAUGUGGGCAUUAUCCACAAAAGAGACAUCGAUCAGCUGGUAGCACUCCCGCAGCCUCUCCAGAAAGACACACCAGGCUGCAGUCGGAAUAGGUUGCUUGAUUUGGCGACUUAUCAACCUACCGAGGAGGAAGGGGAUGAUAACCCCGUUGAUGAACAGAAGCAAACCGCUGAUGAAGAAACACAGGAUGAAGCGUCUGCUAGGCGCAAACGUCCUAAAAGAAAAUGUGUGGGAGGCAGUAAAAACCGGUACCGCGAAAGUCUAUUAGACGCAAGCAUCGUUGACGGUCUUCCUUAA